AUGAGUUCCUCCUACGACACGCGCUCCAUCUUUUCCGAGCCCUGCGCCCCCACCGAACCCGGUCCCUCCGACUACACUCGUCCCAGGCGCAACGAGCAUUUGGCCGUUCUUCUCCCCAAGCGACUCUGGAAGCCCGACUCCCAGGCCGCCCACUGCGAUACCUUCUCCUGCCGCAAGCACUUCUCCAUCUGGGAGCGUAGACACCACUGCCGGAAGUGUGGCGGUGUGUACUGUGGUGAUUGCAGUAGCAAGACCACCUCCCUCCUCGACACCUCGAACCUCAACUUCUUUCACCCGCCCCGCAAUGUUCCCAUCAUCGUCUACGACUCGCCGACGUCUCAGGUCCUCGAGUCUCGCGUGUGCAAUGACUGCCACGAUCUGAUCCACGGGCGCAAGUCGCCCAGGUCUCCCGUCAUCUCCAAAGCGAGCCCCAUUGCCCUCGUGCGCGAGUCUGAGACCGGCUUCGCCUCGGGCUCCUCGUCCCUGUCCUCUUCCGUUUCUACCCCCUCCGACAGUUCCCCGCUCCAUGCUCUGCCCCCGCGCCCUCGCCCCCGGCGGACCCACACCUCGCCUCGCAUCUCACCCUCCUCUCCCCUCGUCACCACCACCCCACUGCCGAACAACCCGGUCCUUAUUGCGGACGCCGAACUGUUGGGCGAGCUCGAGGCGUACCCUCUUCGCAUCGCCAGCAACGUCUGCAAGGCCACUGGUGGCGGACGUUGGGAGCCUAAGCCGAUCCCGGAGUACGUGACCAAGCGCAUUCCUGGGUGCAAGCCCGCGUACGAGCUUGAGCUUGAGCGCGAGGAGGCCGAGCGCAAGCUUCGUCGCGCCAACCCGGUCUUCAGGGAUGGUGACUUCCAGCUCCGUGCCCCACGCGAGAUGGAGCCUAGGUCGCCAGGCGGCCCCUUCACCCUGUCCACUUUUUGA